GUUUUUAUCCUUGUGCCAAGGUGCUCUUACAUUUAUACACGUGAUAAAAGUUACACGGUGCAUGUGAGGUUAGAUUUUGAUGUUUUCAUUUAAUUCAAAUUCUUAUAAUAAGUGAUAGAUAUUAAAAUUAAAUCAGAAAGACAUUAUAAGACAUUACUAAAAAAAUAUAAUUGAAUUAACUAUAAAAAGCAAGGAUAACGUGAAAUAACCAUCAUUAAAAACAUUAUAUAAAUAUGGCUCUUACAAAUAUAUCUGGUAUUCCUGAUAAACAUUGGCAACCGCCAUUUGUAGCAUUUGAAACGACUAUGGGUGAAAUAGUAAUUGAACUCUACUGGAAGCAUGUGCCCAUUACAUGUAGAAAUUUUGCUGAACUUACACGGCGUGGAUAUUACAAUGGAACGAAGUUUCAUAGAGUUAUUCGAGAUUUCAUGAUACAAGGUGGUGAUCCUACUGGAACUGGGAAAGGUGGUGUAUCUAUUUAUGGAGAAUGUUUUGAUGAUGAAAUUCAUGAUGACUUAAAACAUACUGGUGCUGGUGUUAUUUCUAUGGCCAAUUCAGGACCAAAUAGUAAUGGAUCACAAUUUUUCAUUACAUUAGCACCUACACAAUGGCUUGAUGGAAAACAUACAAUUUUUGGUAGAGUUCAUUCUGGUAUGGCAAUAGUAAAAAGAAUUGGAUUGGUAGAAACUGACAAAAAUGACAGACCUGUUGAUGAUAUAAAAAUUGUUAAAGGUUCCAUAAGGAAUGCAUAACGAAAUAAAUAUCUUCUUGGUAAUUUAUA